AUGGCCGACGAAAAGCCCAAGGAAGGAGUCAAAACUGAGAACAACGAUCAUAUUAAUUUGAAGGUGGCAGGGCAGGAUGGUUCUGUGGUGCAGUUUAAGAUUAAGAGGCAUGCACCACUUAGUAAUCUAAUGAAAGCCUAUUGUGAACGACAGGGUUUGUCAAUGAGGCAGAUCAGAUUCUGAUUUGACGGGCAGCCAAUCAAUGAAACAGACACACCUGCACAUUUGGAAAUGGAGGAUGAAGAUACAAUUGAUGUGUUCCAGCAGCAGACAGGAGGUGUCUACUAAAAAGAGAUCCUGCUACUUUACUCCAGAACUCUGUGCCUCCAGACCAAGAAGACAUUCUCAAUUAGAAAACUGCAAUUUGGUUUCAACCCAUCUGACUACUACAGUAUAGAUUUCUCUAUUCUUUUA